AUGACACGUACCUCCCCAGCGGCCGUUCUGCGCCGCGUGGCCGCCCAGGAGGGUGCCGAGAAGGUUCUCCAAGUGCUGAAGGAGGAUGGGGUGGUAAUCAUUCAGGGGUUCCUUAGUCCCGAUGUCUUUCAAAAGCUGAACGAGGAGAUGGAAGAUGAACUGGCGAAACGGCCUCUGGUCUGUGAGCACGAGGGGGAAUGGAAGUCGGGGGUGACAGGGGCGCAGACGCGACGGUUGAAUCAACUGCCUGGCUUCAGCCCGACCUUCCGCCAGCAGAUCCUGAAUCACCCUCUCCUCCAUGAGAUUUGCGAGCCGCUGUUCGGCGCCCAUGGCUGUGAUUACUGGAUGAACACGGCCACGGUGGUGCAGAUUGGGCCCGGCAAUGCCGCGCAGUCCCUUCACCGCGACCAGGAGCUGUAUCCGGUCUUCAAUCCCAUUGGCAAGAAUGCCCCCGAGGCGUUGGUCAACUUCUUUUGCGCGCUGAGCACCUUCACCGAUGAAAACGGGGCGACGCGCGUCAUCCCUGGCAGUCAUCAGUGGGAUGACUUCACCACCGAUGUGACUCGCUGCGUCCCGCAGACGAUCCCCGCCGAGAUGGAGGCUGGAGACUGCCUGCUCUUCAGUGGGAAAACAGUCCACGGUGGAGGAGCCAACCGCUCGCAGAACAAUAUCCGUCGAGGAAUGGCGCUGGGCGUUCAGACAACCUAUCUCACCCCGGAGGAGAACUACCAGCAUAUUCCUCGGGAGGUUGUUGAAUCCAUGACCCCCCAGGCUCAGAAGAUGAUUCACUGGCGCUCCUCCUACUGCCCUGGGGGCGCCGGGCUCUGGCAAAUCAAUGGAACAGAACUGGCCCACGAGAUCGGGCUGAAGGCCAACCAGCCCAAGAAAACUAUCUAG